AUGGUUCCGCGAGAGAAUCGUUCCGGGCGCCCCGGCUGCCCGCGAGUCUCUGUAUCCCUGGGCUCCUCCAGACUCGAGGCCCCUGGAAGCGCAGACCCGCGGGCAGGCCCCCAGGCUGCGGGAACUGGGAAGAGACCCGCCCCCCCCGGGGCUCCUUCCAAUGACGGCUCGGGGGCGGGCCCGAGACACACUUCCGGCGUGGGACGUCCCGGCGCUGAGUGGGUUUCCGGCGGGUCUGCGGGGGGCCCCUGCGGCCCUGCACGCGCGGCUCCGGGAAGGGCUCCCCCGCUGCUCCCCGCGCGGAGGCCGAGUGGAGUCGAGUCUGGAGACGCAGGCGUGAGGAGACUGCGCUUCGAAGGCUCGCCGCCCCUGCACGCACGCAGCACCCCGGCGCUCCCCGGGCCUCGGAGCGGCGGACCGUUAUUAAGCGCCUGCUGUGUGCUGGGCACCAGCGGGCCCUUAACCGGACGGAGCUGUGGGGAGCAGAGUGGGGGCGUGAGGGGCCGGAGGGGCCGCAGGCCGGACGGAGCCGAGAUCCGAGCCUGCCCAACCGGUGGGCUCCCCUCGGGCGCGGGGCUGAGCCCUGGAAGGGUCUCGUACCUGGAGCGGCUGAGCUCAGCUGUGCGGCGGCAGGACGGGCUGCUGCUGAGUCACCCGCCAGCUGGGCAGGGAAGCCAGACCAGGGCCCAAGGGCUCACACAGACAUGCAAGGGUGGUGCUGGCACCUGCCCUCCCCCAAGACCACCCACAAGGAGAAAUUUCUCCACAAAGGAGGUGGAGAGGGUCCUGGACAGUCGGGGGGAGAAAAGGCAAGUAACGCUCGAAUUGGAUUCCUCUGUCUCUCCCCAAACCCUUUCCCCCCACUUCCUCUUUUAGGGGUCCUUUCUCAGGAAUGGAAACUUGGAUGUCACCCUGGAUUCCCCACGCUCCCUGGCCCCCCCAUCCAUCCAUCCAUCCACUGCCACGUGGUCCACUCCAUCCCCUGAAUCAGAGAUCUGUGUUCUCCUGCUCCUUCCAUUGGCCAUGAAGCUCUCAUAUCACCUGUCAGCCUUACUCCUGUGAAUAGUUCCUAACUGGCAUCUGACAUGUUCCCCCCCCCCCAGGGGGAUGGGCAAUGAUAUGUGGGGUUCAAAAUCCAAAAGACACCAAGACCUACAAAGAGAAAAGCCCUUCCAAUGCCUUUCCCCAGACAUUAAGAUCCUCUUUUCUCUCCAGGUGAUGAUUGUUACCACCUUCUUGCUUAUCUUGUUUAUCUCUCCAGAGACAAACUACAGUUACAAGCAAAAUUAUAUAAUAUAUAUAAAAUACAUAAUAUAUACACAUAUAAUAAUAUGUGAGUGUGUGUGUGUGUAUAUAUAUAUAUAUAUAUAUAUUCUCCACCCCCUUUAAAAAGUGAACAGCUAACCCACAAAUGGGUUACUAUUCUGUUUUCCCCUCUAAUAAAUAGUUGCACAUGCUUUUACUGGCUUCCCUGGAGAGAUAAUAGGACCCCUUGAUCUAUUAAAGCCAACUAUAAAUUAGUUGACCACAAAGGGUAGCUCUCUAUACACUCCCUUCCAUACCUUCCUUUUUCACUUGACAAUAUAUCAUGGAGAUUACCCCACAUCAAUUCACAUGGCGCUUCCUCAUUUUUCUGAACAGAUGCCCACUAUCCCAGUAUGUGGUUGGCCCAUGAUUUCCUUCACCAGCCCUCUUGGAGGGAUACUUAGGUUGUUUCCAACCUUUGGCAAAUACAGCAUCGCAAUGAAUCACUGUUGUGAGUCCUUUCACACACGGGCUGUAAGAGAUUGCUGGGUCAAAGGGUAUGUGCACCUGUGAUUUUGUUGGACGUCACAAAAUGUUUCCUCUUUGGGGCCUGCACCAUUUAUGAUCUCUGCCUGGGUGAGGCCAGGCUGUGUGUGGGUCUCAGGACUUUCCCCGGCACCAGACUGCCAGGGUUCCCGAAACCUAGGAGCUGUUUCGUGUUGAGUGGUAGGGGGUAGGGGGGUGCGGGCUGACUGGCCCCCUUGGGGCACUGUCUUUUGCAGGGCUUCCCCCCCCUUCCCCCUGCAGAAGCCAGGGGGCGCUGCUUCCCCUCGAUCUGAAAGCAAUCCCUCCCCUGGCUGCCUCACACCUGCUGUGGUUCCUACUGAUGGAGAGUCUUCGGGGCCAGCUCCCCCUGACUUUCCCGCCUCCUUCCAACCAGACACAUUCUGCUCCCCACCCGCAAAUCCCUGGGCCCCCUCCCCGGGCCUCCUUGCCUUUGCCCCACUCUCUCCUUCAGC